UAUGAGAAUUAUAGACCAGUUUUGAGAAUAAAACCCCAAUUGUUCUUAUCCUACAACGUAGUAGUGAUAGCACUUCAAACAAAAUUGAAACCCCAAACCCUAACCCCACCUAACCACCCCAAAACCUCAUCUCUCAAUUUCAACAACCUCUCCAUCCGUACAAAAAUCGGUACCCGUAAUCCUAUCCAAAUUCACGCGGCGGUCAAGGAAGAUUUCUCUUCCAACAAAAGCGGAAGCAAUGAGCAGAAGGAAACGAUUAUGCUUCCCGGUUGUGACUACAACCAUUGGCUCAUUGUGAUGGAGUUUCCUAAAGACCCUAAACCCUCUCGGGAACAGAUGAUUGAUACUUACCUUCAAACUCUUGCUACUGUCUUGGGAAGCUUUUGGAAGAAAAAUGCAGAAUUUGUCCUCGCUCGCAAGGUGUUCGAUGAAAUGUCCCAACCGAAUUCCUUUUGUGGCGAAGUUAGCGGUGAGAGAGGAAUUUGAUUUAGUUGAUGUUAACGGCUCAACGAAAUUGAGGAAUGUUUAUUGUAUGAGUACUGUGGAUGAUGAUAAAGGACUUGGUCCUACUGUUCCUUCUCAGAUUGAAAUUUCCGACAUUGUUAAUGGUAUGGUGUUUUCUUGUUUUGUUGAAUUUACUCUAUUGUCCUGUAAUGUUACCCGCAUUAUCACUGUAGUUCGCUGAUUCGCCGCUGUAAUCAACUGUGGAUUAAUAGUAAAUGUCCAAUUUGGUCGUUGAAAUUGGAGGAGUCAUCCGGUGUUAUGUAAUCUACAUUAUCAAUAUUUGAAAUAAUUCCAUAAAAUAGCAAAAUGUUAAUCUAAUUUGUUCAUCCUUAUAUUGAUUUGCAAUUCAAUGCAUCCUGACAUUAUUCACUUUAUUUCAAAUUCACUAUUAAAUGCAUCAUUUUGCCUAACCUGAACCCUCACUUGCUGUCCAAGCGAUUAGUCUCACAGCUUUGCCUAUGGUGAUAUCCUGUUAAUCCACCGAAAGUUACUCAAGUAAUAAUUAAGCCACUUUAUGACAGGUAAUGGAUUGGAUUGUAACCUAGGCAAACUUUACCAGCAGAACUGUCAAUCCACCCAAACCUGUAGUUGCCAUUUUACGGGGGGAGUUUUGCCUUUGCAGAACCACCUCUAUCAGCCCAAGCUAUUAGUCUCACAACUUUUCCUGUGGUGUUAUCCUAUUAAAGAACAAAAAGCUACUCAAAAGUAAUAAACUAUGCCUCUUUAAGACAAGUAGUUUUAUUUGUAUAUCAAGUCCAAACUUGCUUAGCGCCACUCUACAUGCAGUUUCAACAGCAUUUAGAAUUCCGAAACUAGUGAAAUAUAUUCAGAAAGUAUCUUUGUGUUCCUUUUAACUUUAGUAUUAGAAUUCUAAUUGUUCUUAUCUCUGUCCAAGGACAUUUACCCUGUUCAUAAUUCGUAUGGUACAGACUGUCCCAGAUACCACCAAUAGAACCUAUUUCCAUUACAUUGCUUUCACACCGUAAAUUUAAAUACUCAUGUGCUAUACCAGUUUAGGGGACUAUUUUUUGCUAUUUAAAUACUCAUUGCCUAGUUUUUAUAAUAUUUGUUCCAUGUAGUUUAAGAAAUUCAUUCCUGGGAUAUAAUAUUAGAUGACUCUAUUAGUCUUAAUGUUGAGCUGAUUCUUGUACUAGCUAGGUCAUUAUGCAUGUAGUUUCUUAAAUCCAUCAGUUUUUGCAGUCAAAGAACUAUUGUUUUACUUGUUCUAAUUAGAUAUAUCAUACUAAUCAUUAAUUUCAUAUAUUAGAACAUUAUUUUGUUUUUUUUUAUGUUAUUUAUAUCAUAUCUGUUCUAUAUAAUUUAACAAAUUCCUGGAAUAUAUUAUGAGAGAUUACUCUAAUAAUCUCAACGGUUGAGCUGAGUCUUGUACUCUAAUAAUCUUUGAGCUGAAGGUAACUGGAAUGUUUGGUCUUUUUUUAACCCGAAUUUGUAUUCUUAAUGAUCCUUGAAUGUAGAAGAAAAGGUGUUAAAUUUUAGUUUAUGUGGAAGAUGGAAAACUAUAAUUAUCCGUGUUUCUAGAAUCUAAUAGUAUCAAGCUGAUGUUUCAUAUUCGAAUAAGCUAAGUUGAGAUAAUCCAUUGUUAAUUUUUGGUACAUCUUGAAACAGUUUUCUUUUCUCAACAUUUAUUUGUGACAUUAUGACAUCUCUUAAGCUACAAAAAUGUCUAGACAUUGCUCUUCAUAAAGCUCUCAUGUUCUUCAAUGCACAAAAAUGUUAGAUUUUUAUCCUUUUUAUGAGUGCCCUUUUUUCUUUUCAUACUAAAUCUAUAUUCAUUUUGUUUCAUAGGGAUUGAGUAAUAGUUCAAAAUUUGUUUUUAUUGUUGUGUCAAACAUGAGACUGAAGUUCCAAUUUUUGAUGAAAAAUGUUUCUUUUUUUGUUUAUGUUAGCUUAAUUUUAUGUGAAUUUUGUCAAUAGAAACAAUUUUGGUAUGUGAUUAAUAGUGUAAAGCAUGGAUCUUGAUGAAGAUGGGUUUUCUAUGGUAGUAAGUUUGCUUGAUUUGAUCUGUGAUUCUUUUUUAUUCUGUGUUAUAUAAGGACUAA